UUCAGUAUUUGUUGUUUGUGACUUGGGUUUAGUCAAAUUUGAUACUCUAGGUUCAGAAGAAGCAAGAGACUUCUCACCCCUAUCAAAUGUUGGUAGUCGUGAAGGAUUAAUGGACGAUUUGCGGCCUGAUAAAGUUGACCUCAUUAUUGUUUGUGUAUUGAACCUUUUACUGACAAAUAUUCACAUAUGAUUAUUAAAAAAUAUCAAUUCAAAGUUUAAAGUUACAGAAUAACAACAUUCAUUUAUAAAAUUCGUUACUUACUGAAAUUAAAGUGGAUAGCCAUCUUGCGGUGCACUAUUUAACUUCAGAAAUAUAUUACAGCGCCAUUGAAAUGUUUGAUUAUCAGAAAAUAAAAUUUACUGACGGAUGGUAACAUUGUAAAAUUAAUUUCUAACCUUCUUGACAAAAUAAACGUUGGCAUCGUUACAACUGCCACCGGUUUGAUUAAAUGAUUAAAAGUUGAAUAAAAAUAUAAUUUUUUUGUUAAUAUUAUUAAUUCUAUAAUGAAAUCCAGUGCAAUGAAUCGUAGAUCAGAAGAUAAUCAUAAAACCUCGUCAAUGAAAAAUAUUAAAAGCGGUAUUAAUGAAGUUGUUAAACGGAGAAGUGGUUCUGUAAGCCGUGAGAGCCCAUAUAAAUCACCAAAUGGAAUUGUUCUUAUUAAUGAUGAUACCACUACUGUGGAGGUAACGGUUAAGAAAAAAAGUAAAAAGGGUUCUCCAAAAACCAGUGAUAAUAAAACACCUGAUAAAAAUCCACUACCUGAUAAUGGACGAUCAGGAGGUGCUUUCCAAAAUCAUCAUUGGAAUAAAAUCUUACGAGAUCAAAGUAUUUCAACACUUAAACAAGUUCUACAUCAAACAAAAAAUCCACAAGACUUGAAAGCCAGAAGCAAGUCUGAAAAUAUUGACGAUAAAGAAAUUAGAAAGUCAGCAGAAACCAAAAAAAAAUCAUGCAAGUAUGUAAAUCAGGCCAUACCUUUUGAUGAGAUAUUAUCAAACCAAUCAUCUCCUUACAAACCCCAAGAGCGUUCUAAACAAUCAAAUAACGGUGUGUGUUCAACUAGAUCAUAUGUUAACCGUGCUGAGGCUGUUAUUGUUUAUGAUAAAGCAGUGCAAUGUGGAGGAAUAUUCGACGGUACUAAUGAGAAUUUUAGACGAUUAAAUCCAGUUAGAGCAUUAGCCUUCUUGAUGAAAGAGUUGGAGCAUGCAAUAGAAGGUGAAAAAGCGAGCAAUAUAUUAACAGAAAUGCAACAAGCUCUUUUACGAAUUCCUAUAGAGUCAGGACAGUUAUCUCAUAUUGAUAUGGAAACACUUGCUGCGAAAGCUAGACUAGAAGCUAGCACUGCACAGUUAGAAGCAACAAUUAAAACAAUGGAAGAAUCAUACGUAUCUAUUCGUAAAGAGAACACUACUCUUCAACAACGUAUUCAAGAAUUGUCAUCGCUUUUGAAACGAACUAAAUCUCGAGAAAACGAAUUAGAAGCUGAAGUUGAGCAAUUAAGAACUAAAUUAAAUGAUGCUUUGAAAUCGGAUUAUGCCAAUAAAAUGAUUAUUAAUGACCUCAAACUGGAAAAUAAACAAAUAAAUGAAUUGAAAAAAGAAUUAAUUGAAGGAAUAGAAGAAGCUCAACACCUGAAAUUAGAAAAAGAAAAAUUAACUAUUAUAUCAUCUUAUAAAGAUUCGGAAUUCAGGAAACUUCGUGAAUCUAUAAAAGAAUUACAAAAGAAUGUUGCUAAUCAAUUGAAAAAUUUCAAUAAUUUCUCUCAGGAUAAUGAGUUAUUAUUAAAUCCUCAUCAUCAUUCAACAAUGUUACCUAAAAAGGACAAACUUUUAGCCCGUCAUAAUAUUAAUACAGCUGCUCCGUCAUCAUGGCAUGAUAUAUCUGAAGUAUCAAUGUCUGCUGAUCCUUUUAAUAGUUCAGAUCCUUCAGUAAAAUUAAGUGGUGAAAUAAAACAUCAGCAAAUUAUUUCAUCAGACACUCUUGAAGAGACUGAUAAUGCUAAAUUUGACGAAAAAACCCACUUGGAAUUUGGAAGUCUCGCUGAUCAUGAAUCAUCACAAUCAUCAACAUUAUCAGAGCAUCAUAAUGACGAUAUGAAAAGCGCAGAUGAAGUAGAUACCAGUAAGAACAAUAAUUUAUCACGCGAAAGCCGCAAGAGAAAGAAACGCGUGAGAUCAAGGAUAAGGAAAUCUAAUGACAAUAAAUCUAGAUCAUCAGGAAAUAAAACUCUAGUGCCUCCGGAAAAGAGUAGUUACCAUGAAAGUGUGUCUUCGAUAAAUGUGAUUGAUAAAAAUGUAAAGGAGGAAGUUCAAGUAAUGUUUGAUAAUGUCAGACAAAAAAGUAAAUGUCCAGUCAGUGUACCAAGCCCACCGCACAAAUUUCCCCACCCAGAUUGGAGUGAUAGUACAUUGCCAACGAUAAGUAUGUCAGAAUCAAAUUAUGCCUAAAGAAUAUUUUACAAUUGAUAUAAUUUUGUAAUUUAAUUUAAUUCAUUAAUAAUAUUCAACAGUCAAUUUUACGUAAUUAAGUAAAUCUAUAAUUAAUAAUUAAUUUUAUACAUAAAUUUUAAUUUAUUAUUAGCAUAAAAAAAUGUUGGUAACAAUUUGUAUAUAAAAACUAUCGAGUAUCAAUCAUUAAAAGAAAGAGUGAGGUACUAUAAUUAACGAAUUUUCACUGUAAAAAAAUGAUUUGUUGUUAUAACACUACUUGUUACGGCACAUUAUACCAGUCUAUUAGUUACAAAGCCAUAAUAAAAAAUAAUUCGACUUGCCAGAUAA